AUGAGUUCUAUAAAACUUCCGGUCCGGGUCUUGACACACAAUAUCCGAUAUGCAACCUCAUCUCCCUUCAAAGGCGAACGACCCUGGGCAGAACGCAAGCAAUUGUUGUUGAAUGAAUUUGAAUACGAGGCCCGUCAUUGUGAAGAAACCUUCAUCUGCCUGCAAGAAGUUCUUCAAAAUCAACUUGAGGAUAUUCUGGCUGGAUUGAAUCAGGACAUGGAGCCUGGAGCACCAAAAUGGGUUCAUAUCGGCGUUGGUAGAGAUGAUGGUGACAAGGCCGGGGAAUACUCUCCUAUCAUCUACAGGCCAUCGGUUUGGGAGUUACUAUACUGGGAGACAGUGUGGUUAUCCGAGACACCGGAAAGGCCAUCCAAGAGUUGGGACGCAGCCUCCAUCCGCAUUGUCACCAUUGGUGUCUUCGGUCAUCCGGUUAGUCGGAAUGUGGUCCUUGCCAUGAACACCCAUCUGGAUAAUCAAGGAUCUCAAUCUCGCCUCGAGGCUGCACGUAUCAUUACCGGAAUAAUUUCGGAAUAUAACCAGAGAAGAUUCCCAGAGAUCACGGGCACUUUCUUGGCCGGCGAUUUCAACAGCGAAUAUAACCAGGAAGCUUACCAAGAGUUGUCAAAAAGCUUGCUUGAUGCAUAUGAGCAAAUCGAAAGCUCGAAACGAUAUGGUAACCACAUUACUUGGACUGGAUUUGGGUACGAGGAUGAGCCAGCCUCACGUAUUGACUAUGUUCUGGUGAGACCCAACGGGGCUGUCGGUCAGAAGUCGACAGUCACUGGCUAUGCAGUGCUAGCAAAUCGGUUCGACGAUGGUGUUUUGAGCUCGGAUCACCGCGCGGUUAUUGUGGACUUGACAGUUCAGACUUGA